AUGGCCGCAGUCAGUGGGCCCACCCUUGACGCACGUGUAGAGGACAUUGUGAAGGUGGAAGAGACGCUGGCAUCUGAGCUAACGCUGCCCAAGGUGGUGCAGCUCCUGAUUGACCCUCAAGCCGAAGGCGUCGAGCGCAUCACAAUGGGCGAAUAUGUGGCAAUGCAGCCGAAGAGGCAGUUGCUCGCGUUGGGUGGCCAGAAGGAGUGGCAGCAGUGGAUGGCGCAGAGCACAUACUACCAGCAGGCGGCCCGACUGGCGGCUGAGUCACCGGCGCAGGAUCUGGCGGCUUUGCAACAAGCCGGUAUCCAGUCCCUGCAGCAGUGGCUCGAGCACCCGCAGCUCGUGAAGGUGUCGGCCCGCACCCGCAGUGCCCUCGACACAGCUGUCGCGCAGAGCGUCGAGGCGUACAUGGCAGAGGUGGUCAAGGUCGUGAACACCAGCAACCAAGUAGAGGACAUUCUAUCACACUGGGUGUCAGACGUUAUGGGGAAGUUUGUGCUCGACUCCCUACAGAUUCCGAUCGACCGGGCCUCGCAGGCGAUGUGGACGAAGCGGAAGGAGUGGAUGCCAGCUGAUGUCGUGCGCAACGGUGGUGGCAGCCCUCUCUCCUCGGCCGCUGUUCUUGGGAACGACAUUACGGGUCGCUCCCCUCCUCAGAGCAUGGAGUCGCGCAUGCUGGGCGAGAUGCUGAAUGGUCGAGGUGGCUGCGGCGCGGCGCCUGCAUCCACCGCGAACGCGCCACAGUGGCAACAACCGCAAUCGAUGCUCCGCCCGGGCGAGGCCUGCACGCUGGAUCACUACCUUCGGUUUGUGCAGAAGGUGGUCUCGAGCGUGCGGCAGGACUACGUUGCGAACCACGCGGCAAUGGGCGCCACUCUAAGCAACCGGGGCGAUGACCAGGCGGAGCGCGAAAUCACCGAGCGCUCGUACGGCGUCAUCAAUGCCGCCUUUGCCCAGCUACUCGAGCAAGCCGUGGCACACCAACUGCCGCCAGAGCUGCAGGCCUUGCAACAGAAUGGCUAUCUCGCACUAGACCGCGUCCCAGGGCUUCUGAAGCGGGCCGGUAGCCUGCUGGACCUGCGCUCCGUGCCGGUGCGCUACUUUGUGUUCCACAGCACCGUCGACGAGUCGACCACCGUGGCGGCUACAGCCUCGCACAGAUGCUUGUCGCGUGCAGACACGUCGCUGAGCGGCGGUGCCAUGAGCGGGCUGGCCGUGCAGGCGCCGUUGCACUACGCCUCCGGCACCUUUCUCACAGGGUCGAAUCAACUAGACGUAACCUUGGGUGAGUGGUCAGGUCAGCCUGACCCGCCGUCGUCAACCGCACGCGAGAGCGGCGGCGUUGUCGACGACGCCACAGAGCAAGAAUACCUCUCGAUGCUCCACCGGCUGCGCCGCCGCGUCGACACACUGGCAGUUACCUCUCUUUACGAGGUUAUUGCGCAGCCAGGGCGGUUCGGCGGCAACGGCUUCAGUGCCGCGGAGGCCGUCGGCCUGCACCAGCUUUUCGGCCCGGUGAAGCUGCUCGAGGACCGACUCACAACGCUGCUCCACUACCCACCCGCCGCCGCCGACAAGCCCAUCCACUUCAUCGAGGCCGGGCCGCUCUCGGGUAAGACGGCGCUGCUGGAGCAGCUUGCCGAGCGCUCCACCCGCCCGGGCGACAAGGUGGUACUCGUGCGCUACGGCGGCUCUGCAACGCCGUACCUGCCAGACCUGGACGAUCAUCCAGUCGCCUUUGCGGCCCGCUUCUGGUUCCGCGUGGCGCUCGCAUCGUGCCCCUACCUGAUCCGCACAGAGGAACUCUACUCACGUGCGCCGCGUAGCGUGUACUGGUGGGGGCAUGAGAACAACUGGUCCUGGGAGCGGUACCAGAGCCUUCUGCAGUCAGCGCGCAAUGCAGGUACUGGCCAUCGCCAGUAUCAGCAGCAGCAACAGCGCGGUGCACCGUCAGCAGCCGUGGCCACCCCAGCACAGCUCGCCUCGAUCCUUGUGGAUGAUGUGGACCGGGCCCUGAGCGCGAUGCAGGUCAAGUGGGGCAACGCAGCAACUCUCUCGUCGGCCAUGGCAAUAAGCGCACAAGGGGGAAGCGGUAGCGUCCGUGGUGGUGCUUUCAGCCAUCUCACUCACUCUUCUAGCGCUGCGGCGCGCAAGGCAAGCAGCACCGCAGGGGUCGACGAGGACAUCGACGAGGACGCUGAAGACGACGCCGGCGACGGCGAGGACGAGGACGCGCCUGCCCGGGCGACAGCGAUGGUGACAGCAGCGGCAGCGCAUUCCCCUUCCCUGGAGCAGCAACGCCAGCAGGUGAUGUCGCUCUGGCUCUCCACUGGCAAGUCCGUUGAGGAGCACCUGUACUCGUGCUUCACCCAGAUAUCCGCGGCAGUAGGACAGGUGAAUUUCGUCUUUGCUGGCACGGCAGCCACGCCGCUGCUGCUGGCCUACUGUCCUGCCCCAUGCAGGCGCUACUACCUGCCGCUCUCCGGCGGGGUCGGACUGCAGUCGCGCCUGCGCGUGUUGCCGCUGCUGGCGACUUUGCAUGCGUUACAUUUGACGCACCGCCUCGACAUGCCGGGCCUGCUGUACGAGGUGCUAAAGAACGCGCCAGCACUGGCUGGCAAAGCACUGGAGCUUUUUUGGUCUCACCGCGUGUCGCUGAUGGACCUGCGUACGGGGCUGCCGCGGCUCAUGAUGGGCAACGGCUCGGCGCACCCGCAGCUGCUUCACAGCUACGUGCCACGGGAGCUGUUCGCUGAGCUGCCCGUCUACAUAACACUUCUUCACGACCCACGCCGCACCCGCCGUCGUCUCGUCGAGCUUCUGCAGCGCCAACUCAGCAGCCCGACCGGCUACCUGAACACCGAGCUCGACACAACGCCGCAGGACGUCAAGGAUGGGUUGGUGCUCCCACACAACCACACAAGUAGCCAAGUACACCCCUUCGCUCUUUUCGUCAUCUUCUCCCGGCAAGACGCGAUUGAUGAACGUGUCUUCAACAGCGAGGGGCAGCUGCUGGAGGGGAGUGAGCUGCAGCGGGACGGCGACGCCGAAGGUAAAGAUAGUGGGAGCGAAGAGGGCGGUAGCAGCGGUGCGAACGCGAAGCCAAAGGCGGCUGUGGCGAAUGCAGCUGCUGCUGCUCGGCUGCGUAGCUGCACCGGUGUCGGCAGCAAUGAACGCAAGGUCGUGCGGGCUUGGGCAGAGGUCUGGGCCGAGUAUCGCAGCGUCGUGUCCGCGCUCUCCACGACGCCGGCCCGCAAGCGCGACGCUAUGCGCAUUCUGCUGCACGGUGCACUGCUGCUGCGAUCGGCUGCCGUGGCAGGGGCGCAGCUGGAGCUGAACCUGAAGGUGCCGUCCUUCGGCUUUCCUCUCUUGGCGUCUGAGACGCGGGUGCGCGGCAGCAGCGCUCACCACCCGCGCGGAACGGCAGCGGCGGGCAACGAGUUGCUCAUCCGAAGCGCCACACCGGACACGGUGCGCCGCGCUGUGUCGGCAUACAAAAUGUUCUUCUCCAACGCGGCGCCCAGCCACUUUCCAUUUCGGCCCAUGGUCGGCCUCAACGGCGGCUGCGACGUCGUGUUCGUGUGCGGGUCGACACUGGCACUGUUCAAUAUUGUGACGACCACCGCGCAGCUCCGGCACAUGGUGGCCCGCUUUGCGGAGGCCUUGCUCGGAGUGCUCCACGUCUUGGAGCGCCAGGUGCUGCCGGCGGACAAGGUGCGUUCUGUGCAGUACGUCACGGUGGUGUCACUGGAUGAGGCGCGGCCCGGAGUGGAGGCGAGUCUGCAUGGAAACAGCCGCAGCGGCGGCCAACCCAGCGUCUACGCGCGCAGGCGCGGCUCUGCCGUGGCGGGUGGCGUCAGCGUGGAUGUCUUCAACCCUGCCGCGGCCCCCACCGUGCCCUACUACCUCGACUACGAUGCCGUGUUCGAAGACCACGUGAUAGACCGACUACGCGAGCUGCAGCAGCCGCUCGGCAUCACCAAAGACUUCCGUACCCUUAGUGAACUGAUAGAAAAUAUUGAGCGCACCCAUCGGGUGCAGGUGCUGCAAGACGUCGUGGCCACGCCAGAGGAGGUAGAGUCGCUCUUCUCCCCUACGUUGCUGCAGCUUGUGCCAGACUCGACGAUGCUACCCGCGUACACGUCAGCGGUAGUGUCGGCUACCGACCUCAUGGUGCAGGCGAUGAGUCGCGGCGCAGGCGGGCGGAGAAGCUCCGACGCUGCCAUGGAUGACGACGACGACGACGCCGACUACGUGAACAUUGGCGAGGAAGAUGUGGUGCCUGGCGCAGAACUGGAUGACCUGGCGAGUGACACACGUCUCUUGCGUGACGCCGCCACGGGUAAGUCCGCUGCCGGCGGCAUCGGCACCUCUGAACACCUGCACAUUGCCGACGACGACGACUACAUGCACGAGUCCGCUGCGCUGCUCGAGGCGAUGAUGAACGAUGAGGUGAACUCAAUGACGAGCUGGUCGGCGCAGCUGCAGCAGCAGCGUGAAGAGACGGCGCACGAUCUGCAGCGCGAUUUGGUGAUGGAGGAUCGCAUUAACUACAACGCACCUCUGCCGUCCACCAGCGUUUCGACCGAUGGCGCAGCCGGCGCAGGGGCGGCACCAUCGAAGUCGCCCCGAGCGCCUGGCAGGUCCGCUGCCGAAGACGCCGAGGCCGACGCGCUUGCCUGGCUGCAUGACGUGAUCACACCAGAGAGCCUGAUUGCGGGGCUGACAGGCUCAAGCCCUGGAGUCCCAGCUUCGUCCUCGUCCUUCCCAUCCACAGCCACGGCGGCACCGGGGGCAGCGACAUACCGACAAGACACCGCCAGUCCGAUCGCCGGCAUGCCCCUCGCUGCAGCUGGCGGCGGUUUCGCAAGCUGUACGCCUUUCCCUGGCUCUAUGGCGAGUGUGACGGGCCCGUGGACACCAAACCCGACCGCGUCGCCGAUGGCGGCGUCGUCAGGCGCCGAGACCAUUUCGGGUGCUCACCCGCAAGCCGCUUCGAAGGGAGAUGGCAACGGCGCCGGUGGCGGAGGGGCCUCCGUAGCAGCUGGCACACUGACUGCCACCACGCCGGAAGAGAAGCGAGGCGCAGGUGCUGCGGCUGCUGUCAACGUCGCCGGGGCUGACGAGACGAAAGACGCCGAGAACAGUGGUGAGGAGGACGAUGACGCUGAAGAGGACGAGGAGAACCUGAGUCCGGUGAAGCCGUUCGUCACUGAGGGCAGCCGACGCAAGGGCGGCAGCAGAGGUAGUAGCAAGACGAAUACCGUCGCGCCCCAGCGGCCGCGUCGCGAGAGCCACGGGUCUCGUGGAAAGCGACCCUCCGUUGCCAGCAGGCAGAGGCGGACGAUGAGCACGCCCAGCAGGGACGAUCAUGCAACCGCCAGAUUCGCACCUCAGUCCACCUCGCAAGCCAGACGACGGAAGUCGUCGACGUCCGCAGCGGCGCCAGCGUCGUCCAAGAAGAGCAAGGCAACCCCUUCCUCCAGUAGCAGCAAGAAGAAGUCAAGCAGCUCAAGGCGUAGGUAG